AUCGUGCCCAAGCAGUUGGCUCAAGGUUUGGCUACGGAUUCAAUGGAAGGGGCCCACCACGGGGUGCCUUUCACGACCGUCAUAUAAGAGACGAUCUACGGCCCACGGACCCUUGGAGCUCCUAUCCACCUUCUAAGCAGACAAUGUGCUUCUACCUGAUCACGUACCGUCAAUACAAUUGUGGACACCAGCUCCCCUUCAGGAGACACUACCUCGACUGCAAUAGGACGGUAUGCAAAAUAAGCGUACGCCACAAGAGAGAGGUGCACGACUGUGCUAACGAAUGCGACCAAGUGAUGCUAGCCGACCAGCACCUCGUAAUGGAAAGAUGUCUCACCGAUUGUGAUCCAUGUCGCGGGAUCACUACCCCCACAGUGGUAGAGGGUCUCAAUGGGUCCCAUAGCACAGAUGAAUCGAGUGACUCGGGUGACUCGGAAGGGGAAAGUGAGGGAGACGACUAAUCGACGCGGCGGGAAGUAGAGACCGAUGGCAUGAAGUGUAUCUAGUAGAUCCAUAGUAACUUGUGAAGACAUGACAAACCACCCCGAGCAGCGAGUACACUGCAGUGUUCAUGGACAAUAUUGUCAUGUUUCCGGGUGCGGGAAGCAUUUGAACCGCACGCGUAUAGGAAUGCUCACGAUAAUUCGGAACAUUCCCCGCAUGCUGCCUCCAACGCUCGCCGAUCUCUCCACAUCCCAAGCCAAAGUCCUGGACGACUUGAAGUAGUGCGCGAAAAAU